AUGAACUGGUCUUGUUCCUGCAUUUCCUUUUGCUGGAUUUACUUUGCUGCCUCCAGACUGAGAGUGGUAGAGACGGCAGAUGGAAAAUAUGCGCAGAAGUUGUUUCAUGACCUUUUCGAGGACUAUUCCAACGCUCUUCGUCCCGUGGAAGACACAGACAAGGUCCUGAAUGUCACGCUGCAGAUUACACUUUCCCAGAUCAAGGACAUGGACGAGAGGAACCAGGUUCUGACCGCCUACUUGUGGGUCCGCCAAAUCUGGCAUGAUGCAUAUCUCACGUGGGACCGAGACCAGUAUGACGGGCUGGACUCCAUCAGGAUCCCCAGCGACCUGGUGUGGAGGCCGGACAUUGUCCUGUACAACAAGGCUGACGACGAGUCUUCCGAGCCCGUGAACACCAACGUGGUCCUGCGCUACGAUGGCCUGAUCACCUGGGAUGCCCCGGCCAUCACCAAGAGCUCCUGCGUGGUGGACGUCACCUACUUUCCCUUCGACAGCCAGCAGUGCAACCUGACCUUUGGGUCCUGGACCUACAACGGCAAUCAGGUGGACCUGUUCAACGCGCUGGACAGCGGCGACCUCUCGGACUUCAUUGAGGACGUGGAGUGGGAGGUCCGCGGCAUGCCCGCCGUGAAGAACGUCAUCUCCUAUGGCUGCUGCUCCGAGCCCUACCCGGACGUGACCUUCACGCUCCUGCUGAAGAGGAGGUCCGCGUUCUACAUCGUCAACCUCCUCGUCCCCUGUGUCCUCAUCUCCUUCCUGGCCCCCUUGAGCUUCUACCUCCCAGCAGCCUCUGGGGAAAAGGUCUCCCUGGGAGUGACCAUCCUGUUGGCCAUGACCGUGUUCCAGCUCAUGGUGGCGGAGAUCAUGCCAGCCUCUGAAAACGUCCCUCUGAUAGGUAAAUACUACAUAGCCACCAUGGCUCUCAUCACAGCUUCCACCGCCCUGACCAUCAUGGUGAUGAACAUCCACUUCUGCGGCGCCGAGGCCCGGCCGGUGCCGCGCUGGGCCAGGGUGGUCAUUCUGAAGUACAUGUCCCGGCUCCUGUUUGUCUACGACGUCGGGGACAGCUGCCUCCGCCCACGCCGCCACAGGGAGCAGGACCACCUCACGGAGGUUUAUUGCCCCCUCCCGGAGUCUCGCCUGAAGACGGUCAGGAACAAAGACCUUUCCAGAGGGGAGGACGUGAGCGGACUCUCCAAGAGCGAGCGGGGCUGCCACUCCAAGGCUGACGGCGGGGACUGUGCACGGUACGCGGCGCUGGCCAGGAACAUCGCGUACAUCGCCAAGUGCCUCAAGGACCACAGGGCCGCCCACUCCAAGGGCAGCGAGUGGAAGAAGGUGGCCAAGGUCAUCGACCGGUUCUUCAUGUGGGUGUUUUUCAUCAUGGUGCUCGUGAUGACGGUUCUGAUCAUCGCCAGGGCGGAUUAG